AUGAUUAAUGUUCAGCCUUCAACUAGUCGAACUAAAGACAAUGAAAGAAACAUGAGCAUACAUUCAGAACAACGUAGAAAUUCAACAAAAAGUGUGGAUGAUCAUGAUAAUAACAAUGGACAUAAUAGUCAUAACGAAAGAAAUAUCGAUAAUAAUAAUAACAACGAAAGAGACGAUGGAGACAAUGGUCGUGAUGAUAGUACCGGUAGUAAUAUUGAUAGUGAUGAUGAUGAUAAUGGUGAUGAUGAUGAUGACGGGAUUGUUGAUCCAGAAUGUGAUAAUCCGUUAUUUAACGUGCGUAAUGUAGGAAAUUAUAAUUCUCCGAUAACGAUUGACCAUCGUGUUAGUGUAAAAAAUUAUUUAGGCAACAGUUUGGGUCCUGGAAAGCGAGUAUACCCUUUUAAUAUGUGCUAUGGCCAAUUACGGAACAAUGAUGAUUUAUUAGUUGACAUGGUGCAUGAUUUAGAUCAUAAUGAAGAAAGAAAUGGAAUUCAAGGUUAUUCACCAUUGAUAGCUAUACCGCCAUUUAAAAUGUGUAUAGCUAUCAUAGUAGAAUCGAUGCAUGUAGUUGAUUUAAGCGUUGCUAGACAACAACCAGAAUUACUUUCGACAUCAACAACACUCCAUAUUAUAUGA